ACUGAAACGUUUAUCAGCCCUCGUCAUCAAUGAAAAACAAAUCGCUUGCAUUAUUUUAGCAAACUGAAUAAAAACAAUGUCCGACGCAUAUGCAUAUGCUGCCAAAAGCAAACUUAAGCUUAAAAGCGAUAACGAACUCAAGAAAAAAAAGAAGAAACACAAGAACAAGGACAAGGAGAAGAAGAAGGAUGCACUGCAGAGAGCGUUCGUCGAACAACAAAUGAUUGAAACUGUAAACGGAACUGCCGCAGCCUCGACCAGCGGCUACGAGCGUAAGCUAACCAAAGCGGAGCUGGCCACCAAGAAACAGCAGGAGAAGAUGCGCAACAAACGCAUCAUGGACAAGGCGCAGACGACGCAUAAACAGCGCGUAGAGAAAUUCAAUGAACAUCUGGACACACUCACCGAACACUUCGAUAUACCCAAGGUGUCCUGGACGAAGUAGAAGGCGUCGCAUCUGCUUAAUUGUAAUCUAGCUGUAAAACAUAUAAUCUAUAUAUAUAAAACUAUCCCGUGGCUGAUUCACUAAUUUCUGUUUACCUCUUGUGAUGCAAGUAUUGGGCAACCGCACAGAUUGGGAGCGUUCCUUCAUUGAAGCUGAACGAAAGAAUGCUGCUUGGAAUACUUAUAUCUGUGAAAGAUCUUGGAAAUGACGGUGUCAGCUAUAUUGUACCAUAUAGCUACAUUUUACCAUUUCCGCAAGCAACAUUAAAAUUUAGGUUCAAACA